UGACAGUUUUAUUUUGUGUCAUGUGUUGAUGGUGUGUGGAAUUGGAAUCCAACUAAUCCAAGUGGGAAUUGAAGUUUGAAACAGCGUGUUGGCUUAAAAUAUUUUGAUAUACUUUAACUUUGAUUUAAUUAUAACAGGAAUUCUAAAAGUAGGUAUUUAAAAAUGGAAUACAUUACUCCUGAAAACGAAAUUGCGCUUAGCGGAGCACGAAUAUUAUGUUGUCAAUGUGCUGUGCCUAUAGAGCCAAAUCCUUCCAAUAUGUGUGUAGCUUGCUUGCGGGCAAAUAUAGACAUUUCAGAAGGCAUACCAAAACAAGCAACUCUCUUCUUCUGCCGGGGAUGUGAAAGAUAUCUACAACCACCAGCAGAAUGGGUGGUUGCUGCCCUGGAGUCCCGUGAGCUUCUUGCUCUAUGCUUAAAGAAACUAAAAGGCUUGAACAGAGUCAAGCUAAUUGAUGCAGGAUUUGCGUGGACUGAACCACAUUCUAAGAGAAUAAAGGUCAAACUAACAGUCCAGGGUGAGGUGAUGGGUGGAGCAGUACUUCAACAGACUUUCAUUGUUGAGUUCACAGUACAGCACCAGAUGUGUGAUGCCUGCCACCGUUCUGAAGCCCAGGACUACUGGCGCGCUCUAGUACAAGUCAGACAACGAGCCAAUAACAGGAAGACUUUCUACUACUUAGAGCAGCUCAUUUUGAAACAUAAGGCUCAUGAAAAUACUCUUGGAAUUAAACCUAAACAUGAUGGAUUAGAUUUCUUCUAUGCAACAGAGAAUCAUGCGCGCAAAAUGGUGGAUUUCAUACAAUCCGUGUUGCCAAUAAAAUGCCAACAUUCCAAGAAGCUGAUAUCACAUGACAUUCACAGUAAUAUUUACAACUAUAAGUUCACUUUUAGUAUUGAGAUUGUGCCGUUGUCCAAGGACAGUGUUGUGUGCCUGCCUAAGAAGUUAACACAGCAACUUGGCGCCAUUUCACCCAUCUGUUUGGUGAACAGAGUGACAAGUGCCAUACAUCUGAUUGAUGCCAGAACUGGUCAAGUUUGUGAUGUGUCAGCUACAGUGUACUGGAGAAAUCCAUUCCAACCAAUAUGUAAUCCGAAACAACUAGUGGAAUAUAUUGUUAUGGACAUUGAUAUAUUGAAGGAACAUGAAAAGAAAUCAUUCCCUGGCCAAGGUAUGGUGUCUAAUAAACAUGUGGUAGCAGAUGUGUGGGUUGUCAAGGCAAGUGAACUCGGCUUAGACAUUAGCCCUGUCCACACUAGAACACAUCUAGGACACAUUUUGAAGCCUGGCGAUACGGUUUUAGGCUACAACAUCGGUGAUUCAAACGUGAACGACGCGAACUUUGACAAAUUGGACCGCAGUGUGAUUCCUGACGUGUUCUUGGUGAAGAAGUUUUACGGUGAGAAGUCUGCUAGAAGGCGCGCACGCGCAUGGAAACUCAAACACAUGGCUGAAGAACUACAUGAAGGACUCAGUUCUACUAAUGAGGAUUACAAUGACUUCUUGGAUGAUUUAGAAGAGGACCCAGCGUUCAGGCAGAACGUUAAUAUAUUCAAGGACGAGAACAAAAUACCGGUUGACACUGACGAGAUUGAUCCUUCAUUGCCUCGCAUCACUCUCGCCGAAAUGUUAGACGAUAUGGUCAUUGAAGAUGUUGACAUGACCGAAGUUUAAAACUAAAUAAUUUUCAUUUAAGUUAUUCGUAAGAUCUUGUUUUCAUACAAUAAAAUAUGUUUAUUUUUAUAUACUGUUUGAUUUCUUUCGUAUUUAAUUGAAAAGCCAAGGUUUGUUUAGAUAACAAUUUAUAAACUAGUGUGAAUUUUGCAAUCAAAAAUAACGAAUUGUUUUUCAUAUUAGAUAUGAACUUAAAACCUUGACUCGUUCUUAACUAUUUGAGACAGCUGUAUAGACUAUAGAAUGUUAUCGUAGGGAAUUUGUAUUUCGAAAAUACAAAGGCGAUAAUCUUUUGUAAGCGAUAUGUAC